AUGUCUUCCUUUUACCCAGAGGCUGUGAGCAACCAUCAAGAUGAACAAGCCUUUUUGUCCCGCGCCGCCAGCUACAACCACCUCCCCGAUCUCUCUACUUCGGAGCCUCCCUCCCCGAGUCUUAGAAGGACCUUCUCCGAUCUAACAUAUCCACACCAGUCCGAGUCAUCACCGUCAAAGGAGGAUGUGGCCGCUGGGAAAGACAUUCUGCGACGAACCUCGCUUCGCUCUAAGGAGAGAUCGACAAUUGCCGUCUCUCGGUUCACCCUUUCGAGCGAAGACUUGACCAAUCCGGCGGAUGGAGAGCCCUUGGAUGCUCUUUCAAAAGCUCCGGAAACCCAGGCCCCAGAACCCGUCGCCCGCCCUUCCAAGGCGCGCUCAAUGUCCGGUAGGCUGGCCAGUUUAGCUCGGAAACCACGGUGGGCGUCAAACUCUCCAUAUCGAUCGCCCGCCCCAUCCGCCAAAAAUUCCCGAGUACACGCCUUGCGCAACGAGGAGAUCUCAUCGCUAAGCUCGCAACCGCCUUCAUCGAAGAUGGGUGCUCAACCGGACUCUCCCCCGGCAUCAGAUGCCACCGCCCCUUCUCGCAAACGAACAAUUCUAAACAAGCGACCUCGGCGACCCACGGUAGCGGUCGUGACCCAGAGCCGGGCAGAUAGCCCAAGUACUCCUAAUAGUCCCUCACCUCUCCCGCUGGGGACGAAGGGUUCACUCGAACGACUCACCACUUCUUUGAAUGUCUCAACUCCGGUUCUCCCGCCUAUUCACAAGACGCAUGGUGCUGCCGGUAACACCCAUAGUAACAUGGAUAUUCCGCGGAAAAAGGAUGAACUGUGGGCAGUUUUCCGGGGUCUCGAGGCCGAUUUUCAGAAGUUCCAAUCCAAAUCUAGUGCGUUGAAAGCCAACGUUAUUCGCUCUUCACUCCUACCAUUUCUUAAUCGUAAUCAUUCACACCCAUCUUAUAAGUCUCUACGGCCGGAAGACCUGGACCGUCGGGUAAAUAUACUCAAUAAAUGGUGGACAGGAUUACUGGAAAUGCUCAAUGGCAAGCAUAACCAGUCCAUCUCCGGAACAGACAGGCCGGUCUAUCUGGAAGCUGUGGUCGGGAUUAUGACUCGACCAGAAUGGAGGAUACCCUUCCCAAUGCGCCCGUCCGAUGGAAGGUCCCCCAAGCCAUUGCAACACGCGCCGAGUUCGAUCUCGGAGAGCUCGGAAGGCUCGUCUGGGUCUGAUUUCCUCGUCGAAUCUAUCUACCAUAACAUCAGGAAUAUUUUCACGCAAAAUCUACUCUCCCAGAUGGCUUUCGUGGUGGAUCGAAUGUCCAUGAGACACGCCCCCGCCAGCCUGGUGGCAUUCUGUGGGAAAGCCUGUGCAUAUGCGUUCUUUUUCUGUCCCGGCGUGGCAGAUAUCCUUGUCCGAUUGUGGAAUACGUUUCCCAACGUCUUCCGGCGAAUUCUUAGCCAGUCGAAUGUUGACCGAAGCAGCAGUACGCGCGCAUUCACCCGGGAUCUCUCGUUGAACUUUCCCAUAGCCUUGCGCUCGCUGGCUUUCCACGCGCACACGCCUCUGGUUCGAUAUCUCCGCCAAAAACCCGAUGUGCCCUUGAACACGGCCCAGAUUCCGUGGCAGAACCCUUGGGUCUCUCGAUGGUGCGGUCGUGACUCCGAUCUGUUCUUCGUUUUUGUGAAGUACGUGCACAUUCUGUAUAGUGAUGCUUUGCCUCUUGAUAUCGACAAAGAGCAGCGUAUCCUGGCCCCAGGAUUGCUUCCGAUCCAUGCUCAAGUCCUUGUUGUCCUGGAGGAUACUCUUUACAAACAGUCCGUGCCUCAAGCACCGGAAAACACGCACACCGCCGCGGCGAUCACGUUUGACGAUUUUAUCGAAGGCGCCGAUGCAGCCGUUUCCGCCCUUCCCUUGGGAGCUGCAAACAGUCACCGUUCAAUGGCUGAGAAUCGCCUGAUCAUUCUACUUCGUGACUUUCUCUCUGAGUCUUCAGUAGAGCCAAAUCAAGCGCGAUUGCUGUAUGCGGAGUCGUUCUCUGGUAUCAUGAAGGCAGCCGCCCAGACGAUUUCCUUGUUUGACCAUAACGCGUGCUUUUUGCUAUGUGAUUUCAUUGAAGAGGUAAUCUCGAUCAUCACACGCUUCUCCCGCAUGGUUGAGCUUGAAAUCUUUGACUGGAAAUUUUGGCUCGAAGUCUGCAAACAGAUGAUGCAAAGCCACAAUUCACUCACUGAAGUCCGGGUGUUCUCUUUCCUCUUCUGUAUUUGGGGGGCGUGGACCGCUUCUGAAGAACGAAAGGAGGCUCUUUGUCUAGGAUUUCUCUUGGACGAGCAGCUAUUUUUUCAUUACUUCAGUCACUGGAGCCCCAUGGUUCGUGCCUAUUUUCAUCGUCUCGUGUGCUGGAGGAUGGGGAGAUUUAACGGUGAUCCCUCACCUCUUGAGACAAAAAUUUAUGAAACGUUGUUAGCUCGACUCCAGCGGAUUUGGCGAUAUUACCUCGCAUUCCAAACGAAGGCGGAGGAAACACUUACACCACCGUUAUCUUCUGCCCCCUGUACGCCCGCUCCUGGGCGCAGGAUCAUCAUCAUCCGGUGUGACAAUCCGAUGUCGCCGUCACAUCUCUUCGUCUCUUUUGACCGUGUAGUCCCCUCUGCUCCGGUAGAGCAGAACCCACCAACCAUAAUGGAAAGCUCUUCGAGGUCUGAUACCCCUGCCUCGGAUACUCAGCAGCCCACGAAAAAAAGAUGGAAUAUCUUGAAAGCCGUGUUCGGCGGUUCCUCGAGUGCAAGGUCUAGUAUCGACAACUCUCCUACCAGCAGUUCCGAUGAAUCAGAUGCCAAUGGACAUGAUUCCACAGUGGCUACCGAUAAAUGCCUGGAUAGCCAUUGGUGUGCUCACAAUAGUUCCGGGGAGCUCUCCCGACCCAAAACGGCACACCAGCCCUAUUCUUUCAAGUUUUCGCUAGAGUGGAUGGACCGACCUCCGUGGCCCAGUAGGAAUAAACGUCUCUUCACCCCUUGUCUUCCAGUGGCAGCCCAGUUGCAUUUGCAGCUCCGGACCUCAAUGACUAGACUCGACUGCGAAUCAGCAUCGGAAUAUGCAUCUGCUACAGAAUCCGAGGGCGAAACUAAGAGUGACGUGCCUCUUCGGGGGCCUGUAUCCGACGAGCAAAUGAAGACAGAAGCGGACUCAUGUUCCAUGCCGGAUGCAGCGUCCUACAGACCAGACUUCAAGCUGGCGCUUAAUGACACCCUCGUGGCAAGUAAAUACGCUGGCCGUGCUCUUGCCGAAUGGGGGCAGAUCGUCUCCGAAUGCGACAGUUUCUUUUCCCGAAGGCGCGAUGAAGGUGUGCCCUGUGACCGAAUGGUUGAAACACCAACGCUGGGCGUUGAAAGCUUCAGGAAGUAG